AUGAAGGUCGUUACAACCCGCGAUGAAGCUUUCCGCAUUGUGAACGGAACCCAGAAACAUGUGAUCCUUUACAAAGGAGACAUGGAGGAGGAAGUGGAAUCUGGCAUUACGCUGCAAGCAUGCACAGAAGAUGGAGUCGAGUAUGCGGAGCUGACGGUGGUCGCUUGUUGGCUCGCGAAUUCCAGUGGAGCAAGCCAGAGGGUGAUCGACGCGUGUGGAUGCAAGGACGCGAUCGAGCUGCAGCACCUCCUGGAUGAAAGCCGUGCCAUGAGACUUGAGGACAGUGAGGCAAUGAUGGUUGCUCAGGUAUCCUUCAACAGGCUCGUCUCAGCAACUUCCUUCGAGUCCUCGGAGUUCUGGAGCAAGAUGAACGCGGAAAAGAUCCCCUCCAAGAAGCAUCUUCACCCCAGUUUUAUUGGCGUGCUCCAGGGAUUCUGGCAGCAGCGACUGAGGUUCAGCAUGCUGGAUCUUGGUUGCGGGGACGGGCACGUUGCGUUGCAGCUGCUGGAGAGCGCGGGUGAGCAAGAGGCAGUGCUUGAUGUGAUGGGUGUGGACGUCUGCGAAAGUGCGGUAAAGAGCGCACGUGAGAUGGCGGGGGACAAGAAGAUCCCGGAGUUCCGGAGCUCGUUGGAUCAUUCCACUAUCUCCUUCAUUGCGCAGGACGUGACCAAGCUGGAUGUUUCCUCCACACACGGCUUGUUUGAUGUCGUUUUGUGCCAGUUGGUGAUUUCUGUUGUUGGAGGAAAGAAGGAGAGGAAGGCGCUUCUACAAUGCAUCUUCUCGCACCUCAAGGAGGGGCAUGCCAUGCUGUUGUCUGUCUCGGGGGCCUCGGAGCAUGUCAACGAAUCGUACAGGAAGAUCUACGAGGAGGAUGAGGGCUUGACAGGAGAAUACAGAUCAUACUUGAGCAGGGGAUCGGAAGGGCAGGUGUUAUACAUAACACACCAUUUCACAGAGGAGGAGAUUGUAUCUCUUUGCAAAGAGGUUGGUUUCUGCAAAAUAGCAGUGCACAAGGAGAUUGAAAGCAGCUCCAGAAGACCUAAAGAAAAGGCUAUCUUUUUGUAUGUCAUCGCGUAUCGUUGA